AUGGCGAACACGGACGUGAUUUUACAGUUCCUCUACCCCUCCGAUGACAAUCAUGAUAUGCGAACAUUUCAAGCCAAACAGAUGGUUGAAGGAUCCACAGAGAUGGUGGAAAUGUACAAGUUUCAUCAUCCUGCAACUGGCUCUACAUCCGGCGUUACUUCCUUUCAGCGCAAAAAUCUGAACACACAGCGGUGGGAGAACGCCGGCCAGAUCGAAUGGAUGUCGGACUCCAGCGCAACUGUCUACUUUGGCAUUGAGCGGGUCUCCGCGAGAGAGCUUCGGCGUUCCAAGAAGACGUCGAGCAAAUCACGUCGGUUCAAGGUCGCCGGUUCAGAGUAUAAAUGGAAGAUUGCAGAGAACGGGGUUGAUCUCUUUUGCGUCAGUACUCGCGGCAAGACAGUCGCUGUCUGGUCGCAAGAAACACAGGUGCUCCGUGUCACAGAGCGAGCUGAAGGUUUCUUGGAUCGAGUGGUUGUCACUUGCCUUCUGAACUUGUGGAUGAAGAAUCUGAAUAUCUGUGAAUAA